CACUCGUCAGCGCGUCGUCGACCCGGCGAAAAGCGCUAUCACCAGCGCGAGGCCAAGAGCCCUUCCUCUUCUUCUCCCCCGAUGGCGACCGCCGCCAUGGCCGCGGCCGCAUCCUCGCGGGCCUUCCUACGUCCACACCGCCACCUCCUGCUCCCCCACACCCAACCCCACCGCCGCCGCCUCUCCGCCACCCCCGCGGCUCCGGCGUCCGCUCCCGCCGCCCCCGCGGCAGCAUCGACGGGCGCCCGGCGCAGCGUCGUGGACGUGCUCCGGGAGCGCGGGCUCGUGGAAGCCACCACCUCGGAGGCGCUCGCAUCGGCGCGCCCAGGGGAGCUCAAGGUGUACUGCGGCUUCGACCCCACCGCCGAGAGCCUGCACCUCGGCAACCUCCUCGGCCUCGUCGUGCUCUCCUGGUUCCGCCGCUGCGGCCACACCGCCGUAGCGCUCGUCGGUGGCGCCACCGGGCGCGUCGGCGACCCCUCGGGCAAGAGCGCCGAGCGCCCCGAGCUCGACGUCGCCGCCGUCGUCGCCAACUCCGACGCCAUCAAAUCCCUCGUCGCCCAGAUCCUCGGUCGCGCUCCCGAGCCAUCCCACCACACCCAAUCCGGUAAAAACGCAGCCUUGGAGCAAAAUGAGCAGCCUUUGCCCAAUUCGGAAGCAGAUUUGUCAGAAAAGAUGGGCUCUUUCGUGAUCCUGGAUAACUACGACUGGUGGAAGGAGAUCACGUUGCUGGAUUUCCUCAAGGAGAUAGGGAGAUUCGCGCGCGUCGGGACAAUGAUCGCCAAGGAGAGUGUGAAGAAGCGGCUUGCGUCGGAGGAUGGCAUGAGCUACACCGAGUUCACCUACCAGCUCCUGCAAGGCUACGACUUCCUUUACAUGUUCAAGAACAUGGGUGUCAAUGUGCAGAUUGGGGGCAGUGAUCAGUGGGGGAACAUCACGGCUGGAACCGAGUUGAUUCGGAAGAUCUUGCAGGUUGAGGGGGCGCAUGGCCUGACGUUCCCGCUCUUGCUGAAGAGUGAUGGCACCAAGUUUGGGAAGUCAGAGGAGGGCGCAAUCUGGCUCUCGUCAAAUAUGCUUUCUCCAUACAAGUUCUACCAGCAUUUCUUCGCGGUGCCGGACGUCGACGUCAUCAGGUUUAUGAAAAUACUGACAUUCCUAAGCUUGGAUGAGAUUCAGGAGCUGGAAGAGUCAAUGAAGAAGCCUGGCUACAUGCCAAACACGGUCCAGAGGAGGCUCGCAGAAGAGGUGACACGCUUUGUCCAUGGCGACGAGGGAUUAGUGGAGGCGUUGAAGGCAACUGAGGCCUUGAGGCCUGGGACUCAGACACAAUUGGACUCACAAACAAUUGAGGGGAUAGCAGAUGACGUACCAUCAUGCUCCUUAGCGUAUGAUCAAGUAUUGAAGUCUCCCCUGGUUGAUCUGGCUGUUUCCACAGGUUUGCUUGCUAGUAAGUCGGCGGUUAGGCGGCUCAUCAAGCAAGGUGGUCUAUACUUGAAUAACAUGAGGAUUGAUAGUGAGGAUAAGUUGGUCGAGGAAAGCGAUAUAGUUGACGGGAAGGUUAUGUUGCUAUCUGCUGGAAAGAAGAAUAAGAUGGUUGUGAGGAUAUUGUGAUUUUUCUCGUUUUCUGCUUGUAUUUAAUUUUUGGCCGUUGAGGAGAAAA